AUGUCUUUUAACCACAAGAAAAACUCGCUGGCUCCCAGCAAGAAACAACAGUCUGGCACGGUUCUUAAGAAGAGCAGCCUGCUCGCCGGAUCCCGUGGAAAUGGAAAGAAGCCUCAUGGACAAGGCUCCCAGCCAAUGGACGCUUCCACUGGACAGCAGAACUACCAGACCUCAGGUCAAGGACAUGUUGAUAUGGAACAAAGUUCAUUUAGCCAUAGCGCUUCCAUCGUGAGGCCAGACCACAGGAGUUGUGAUCAAGACAGGAUUGCCCAGCAAGACAGGGUUGCACAAUGGGCAGCUAACAGUGCGACGAAUCCGGAUUCUGCUACGGGACAUGCUUUUCCAGGAUAUGACAGCGCCAGCUAUAGGAAUGACAUGCCUGUGACCAAUGUUGCACAUGAAACCCCAGGAGCUUUCCAUUUCCCAUAUUCUGAUAUGAUGCGAGAUCCUUCGCAGUUUUCCUCAAUGUACCAAUCUUAUGGAGUAGAGGAAACCUACCAUGAUAUGGGCGCUACCAGUGCUGGGCUCCAAUUUUCUGGAAUGGACAUGGCCUUUGAGAUGCCUCAGAGCCAUGCGUUUGAUAUGACACAACUCAUCCAAGGGGAACAACGUUACACUAAUGGCUCUCCUGUGAACAACCUGGCAUAUCAAAUAAUGACCACUGGUGGCUUUUUCCCAGGUCCAGCUGAAAUACACCCUCCCAUGGUGCUUGGAAACAACGAUGGUGGGUAUGCCUUGCCUGCCGAGUGGGACCAUCAAGUGAUGUAUCAAGAGAACGCCGUGGGCGUUUCUCUACCCCUGGAAUAUUCCCCUGCAUCAGGACUUGCACCCUCAAUGAGUUCCUCGUACUCGCAACAUAGUUUCUUGGGGCAGUUACCUGACACGCCAGUGUCCAUGGACUUGCAUGAGGAUUGGCCAAUUGGAGAAGCUGGAAUGAACGAAAACUUUCCACAUUUCAGUGCUGGAGGCGCCAUGCAAAUCCAACCGGCUUUCAAUCUUCCAACAGAUUCAGAAAGGUUUGCAUUCCAAACGAAUGACGAUAAUCUUCUUCCUUCUGACUUCCCACUCAGUACUAUAAGGCCUAGCACUUCUUUCCAGCGGAUUCCUCUUCCCAUGGAUGCGUGGGUUGGACCCGAGAUGAUGGACCCGGCUUUUGGAUUUUCCUCAUAUCCUGGCAUGGAUGGAUCCCGACGUUCCAGUGACGGUGAGGCCGGUAGGAACGCGCGUGAGAACCCUCUCUACAAAGCUGUCCCGCAAGAGGAUGGCCUGUAUCAUUGCCCCUUCGCGGCCACGGACGGCUGUCUUAAAUCACCGGAAAAGCUCAAGUGCAAUUACGAGUGA